AUGGAUCUCCGAUACCGCAUCGGCAAGAAGAUUGGCUCCGGCUCCUUCGGAGACAUCUACCUGGGCGUCAAUAUCAUCUCCGGCGAGGAAGUCGCUAUCAAACUCGAGUCGAUCAAGGCCAAGCAUCCGCAGCUGGAGUACGAAGCCAAGGUGUACAAGACGCUCGCCGGCGGUGUCGGUGUGCCCUUUGUUCGCUGGUAUGGCCAGGAGUGCGACUACAAUGCCAUGGUCAUCGACCUCCUUGGCCCUAGUCUGGAGGAUCUUUUCAACUUUUGCAACCGCAAAUUCAGCCUGAAGACCGUUCUGCUCCUCGCUGAUCAGAUGAUCUCACGCAUCGAAUACAUCCACUCGCGUAACUUCAUUCACCGUGACAUCAAGCCAGACAAUUUCUUGAUGGGCAUCGGCAAGCGAGGCAACCAGGUCAACGUAAUCGACUUUGGUCUUGCCAAGAAAUAUCGUGACCCAAAGACGCACUUGCACAUCCCAUACAGAGAGAACAAGAACCUGACCGGCACGGCGCGCUACACGUCGAUCAAUACGCACUUGGGCGUUGAGCAAUCGCGCCGCGACGAUCUCGAGUCGCUUGGCUACGUGCUCAUGUACUUCCUCCGCGGCUCGCUGCCGUGGCAAGGACUGAAGGCGGCGACCAAGAAGCAAAAGUACGACCGUAUCAUGGAGAAGAAGAUGACGACGCCGACAGAGAUGCUCUGCCGCGGCUUCCCGAGCGAGAUGGCGAUCUACCUGAACUGCUGCCGCUCGCUGCGCUUUGACGACAAGCCAGACUACAGCUACCUGCGCAAGCUUUUCCGCGAUCUCUUUGUCCGCGAGGGCUUCCAGUACGACUACGUCUUUGACUGGAGCAUCCAGCAGCGGAGCAAGGAGGAGGCCAAGGUUGAGAGCACGAGCAGGCAGAACGCCAACGCUGUCAACGCCGCGCUCGCCGCCGCCGCGGGCGGUGUCGGAUCGCAGCAGCUCCCACGUAGGAAGGUUCUCGCGCAGGGCGAGGAGACCGUCGCAGCCGGCGACGCCGGCUGGGACACCAGCAAGCAGCAGCCGUCCAGCACGCGCCGUCGCGAAGAAGCUGGCGGGUGGUACUAAGCGAACGAGUCAAUAGGCGAGCGCGCAUGGAUUACGCUCAACAAUUGGGUUUGACCGCGUGCGUUUCGUCUCGUCUCUUCGUCGGUACAAGCACGAAGGAGGGGAAGAGGGAAGAGAGAAGAGAAGAGAAAGAACAAGACUUGGUUGAUCGCAUCUCGAAAGGCAAGGCGGACGUAUAUGGAGCGCUCCUCUCGCCUUUCACUUCACACCACCAGGCAGAAACUCGUACACCGCCUUGCCAAUGUGAAGCCCAACACCCCGCUUUUCCUCGCCGAGCGAGAGGGCGCUAGAUGGACUUCAGGGGCAGAAUGGUCUUCGUUCUCUUCCACUUUCUUUGACUCUCUCUUUUUCGUGCACCUUCAUUCUCGGAUUCCCAACAAGGC